AUGAGAGAAAGAUUUGGAAACAAGGUAACAACAAUUUUUGCAAUGAAGAGAACAACUGAAAAGGGCAUUGCAACCGCCACUGAUUUUCAAAAUGCAAACGGUAAAAUGAUGAACUUGGUGAAUGGGGCGUCAGUUUCGAUUUCAUUAUCAAAGCAAGCACGCCCCAACCCCACUAUCACAUCUCAACCAUACAUAGCUUCACUUGAUCCAUACAGAACAUAUAAGAUAGAGCAAUCAAUCAUGCCAUUUGGUUUGGUCUCAGCCUGGAACAAGCGCCGGAGAAGCAAAUCUCAAGAGCACACAGAUCCCUGUAUUGUGUUUCUCUCUCAUGGGGUUUACAAACCUGCGCAGCUUUGGCAACUUGAAGAUCAGACGCCACAACCUACAAAAAAGCUACAUGGAUCAUCUGUUUUCACACUCAAGGAGAUGGAAGAGGCAACAUGUUCAUUCAGUGAUAAGAAUCUUCUAGGAAAAGGAGGAUUUGGCAAAGUCUACCGAGGCACACUGCGGUCAGGGGAGGUUGUAGCAAUCAAGAAAAUGGAGUUGCCAGCAAUUAAAGCAGCAGAGGGGGAACGUGAGUUCCGAGUUGAAGUUGACAUCCUAAGCGGACUUGACCAUCCAAAUCUUGUUUCUUUGAUAGGCUACUGUGCUGACGGAAAGCAUAGAUUCCUAGUAUAUGAAUAUUUGCGAAAUGGGAACCUGCAAGAUCAUUUAAAUGGAAUUGGGGAAAGAAACAUGGAUUGGCCUCGAAGACUCCACGUGGCACUGGGAGCUGCAAAAGGGCUUGCUUAUCUCCAUUCAAGUUCUGAUGUUGGAAUUCCUAUUGUUCAUAGGGAUUUCAAAUCGACCAAUAUUCUCUUAGAUGACAACUUUGAAGCAAAGAUAUCUGAUUUUGGGCUUGCCAAGUUGAUGCCAGAAGGACAGGAGACACAUGUGACUGCCAGAGUACUUGGUACCUUCGGCUAUUUUGAUCCUGAGUAUACAUCGACUGGAAAACUCACUCUACAAAGUGAUGUUUAUGCUUUUGGUGUUGUUCUUUUGGAGCUUUUGACUGGACGUCGAGCGGUGGAUCUAAACCAAGGUCCCAACGAUCAAAACCUUGUACUACAGGUGAGGAACAUCCUGAAUGACCGGAAGAAGCUUCGCAAGGUUAUAGAUCCAGAGAUGGCUCGAAAUUCUUACACCAUUCAGUCUAUAGUCAUGUUUGCCAAUCUGGCAUCAAGAUGUAUUCGAACCGAGAGUAAUGAGAGACCAUCAAUGGCAGAAUGUGUAAAAGAACUCCUAAUGAUUAUCUAUACAAAUUCAAAAGGCUUGGGUAUGGUUAUGCAUACUUUGAGAAUGAUCUAG